UGUACACAAAUACUCUAAACGAGAUGGGAGCCAUUGAAAUUAGUAGCGCUGAGCUUCUGCAAGCCGAGGCCGAUCUCAUUCGCCACUCCCUAGGCUACCUCAAGUCCAUGGCAUUGCAUUGUGCUGUCAAGCUUGGAAUCCCUGAUGCUCUCCAGCGCUGCGGUGGCAGCGCCUCCUUGGCUGAGCUGCUUGCUACCCUCCGCAUCCCUCAAACCAAACAGCCCUACCUAUCGCGCCUCAUGAAGGUGCUAGCCAUGGAAGGACUACGCUUUGUCAGCGUUACAAACGGCGACGUGUACCACCUAAACACGCUGUCUCGACUCCUCAUCAGCGACGAGGGCAGCCACGCGUGGCGGAUGUCGCCGUGCGUGAUGCUAUCAACCACGCCGCAGUUCAUUGGAUCCGCUCUGCGCCUGGGGCAAUGGUUCCAGAGUGAGGGCGACGGCGACGGCGAGGUCACGGCCUUCAUGAUGGCCAACAGGGGGCAGAGCCCCCAUACCGCUGCUGCCCAGGACGCUGAGUUUAACUCGGUGUUUAACCAGGCGAUGGCUGCCGACAGCCGGUACCUCGCAGACCUUGUGGUCCGUGAAUGCGGCGAUGUAUUCAAGGGGAUAGGCGCGCUGGUGGACGUCGCCGGCGGGACAGGUACGAUGGCGAGGGCCAUUGCCAAGGCCUUCCCACAUGUCAAGUGUGCAGUGCUUGACCUCCCACAUGUGGUUCAGGGCAUCACAUGUGACAAUGUGGAGUUUAUUGCUGGGGACAUGAUGGAGUUCAUUCCACCUGCAGACUGCAUUUUACUCAAGUACGUGCUGCAUAACUGGACCGACGAGGAUUGUGUGAAGAUCCUGACACGAUGCAGAGAGGCCAUUUCCCAUCAUAAAAAUGGGAAGAUCAUCAUCAUUGAUGCAGUGGUUGGGUCUCCCUCACAAGAUCUAGACCUACUCCAAACUCAACUCCUGAUGGAUAUGGAGAUGAUGUCAUUAUUUAUGGCAAAGGAACGAUAUGAGCACGAGUGGAACAAAAUAUUCGCCGAAGCAGGAUUUAUUAACUACAAGAUUCAACACACCCUAGGUCUGCGAUCGGUCAUUGAACUCUACAUAUAAGUACUUGUUGAUCCAUAGAUCAAUCUACUGAGUAAUAAAGGGCCAUGUACACCAAUCAGUCCAUCUAGAGGCCGGGCUAUCCCCUUUCCGAAAUAAAAGUUCGAUCUACCUAGCGAGUAGUAUCCUUGUGUCAUGUUCCAGUUUGCUUUGUAAUAAAAACAGAGUGUGUCAGUACAACUGCUACUUCCCAGUC